AGCAACAGUGUGCGAGAGAAACAGAGAGAUAAUAUAUCCGCCAUUUCGAUAAAUUGAACUACAACUUGAUUAUUUACUAAUUACUCUUUUCGUACACCGAAAUGGAGACGUAUAUAGAUUUAUGUAUUUAGCUUGUGCUGUAUUUCGUUUUAGGUUGUGCAUGAAAACAAAAUACACGUUUCUGAAUUAAAUUUUAAAUAAAUGUAAAUUCGGCCGGUUUACGAAUGUAUCUAAAGUGUUCGUUUUGAGUUCAAAAAGGGACGAAGCGACUUUUGAUAUUGCGAAGAAGUUAAAAUGAAUUAUAAAGUACCGGUUCGAACUUACGGAAGAAAAACUUAUAAGGAAAUAGUAGUUCCACUACAAAAAUUGUAUGUGGCUACUACAAAUAAUGUUGACGAUGGUUUUGUUUCAAUGAAAAAAGAAUUAAGUGUAUCUAAAAAGAGCGAUGGUAACGAUAAUUCUGCAUUUUAUGAUCCUUUUGAAACAACGUUCGAUAAACUUGUGAAAGAUACAGGAGUACAAUCACUUAAGACAAGUAAUACUGAAACAAAAUAUACUAGUACAGAUGACAGUGCUAAUUCUAGUAGCGCUACAUCCAAUAAGAUUGAUUCUGAGCAUUCGUUAUACAAUGAUAUUAAAUUACCAAAUGCUGACAUUAAAUUUAUUUCAAAACGAAAGGUACGAUGCAAAAAGCAAAAAAUGCAAAUCGAGAAAAAAACUGCGGUUAAAAAGGAUAGAUUAACGGUUCAAAAUAAUAAGUCUCGGGUAAAGAAGUAUAACACGCGCAAAAAUUAUAAAUCAAGAAACGACAAGAAAAUAUCAUCCGGUAAUACAAACACUGAUAUUUUAUGUUUGAAUUCUGAGAUUAGUACUCCUAAGUUCGAGGAUCAUUAUAGUAACUAUAGCAAAGUACCAAACAAACAAUCCAAUAGUAAAUGUGCCUUUAGAGAAGAUGAGAGAAAUAAAAGUGUAAAAGUAAUGUCAUGUUAUGUAAUUUUGGAUAAGUUGAAACCGUUUGAACAGAAGAAUGAAAUCGAUCAUGAAACCAAUUCAGCAAAAGAAACGCAAAUAAGUAUAGUAGAAAUUUACGAUUCGUUAGAACAUCCUGAAGUUAUUAAAACAAGUAUUAACGAUAUAAAUCAUAGUAACAUAAAUACAAAACAUUGUUUUGUCAAAAUAGAUCAAUUAGAAAUGCCUUCGAUCGAGAAGCCUCUUACUUUCAGGAAAAAGUAUGACGAUAUGAUCAGUAGUACACCUAGUGGUAAACCAGUAAGACCAACUAACUUAAUUUCUUUGUCACCAAUUUCUACUAAAUAUUCUGAAAAAUUAAACGAGUCCGCAACAUACACAGAUAGCAUUGUAACUUGUACAAGUAGUAAAGAUAACUUAGUUUCUUUACAAUUGCAAAUAAAUGCAGAUUUGUGUGGGAAAUCUGAUGCAUCGGAAGAGCAUGUAAUUAAGGAAAAUAGUGAAUUAUCAUUCACCUGUGUAACAAAUAUUGAGGAAGCUUCAUUAGCUGCACUUGAUACAAGUAAUAAUAAUAAUAAUAAGCAAAGUGAACACACAAUAGAAGUAACAUCUGAGAUUCUUGACUCGAUGAAAAAUAGUUUCACAACUGAAAUGGAGGAAGAUAAUGUAUUAAGGGUAUCUUCUAAAUUGAUACAGGAACAUGCAGUAUUAGAUACAGUAAAAAGAAAACAUUUAAAUUUUUCUAUUGAUAUUAACAGAUCACGUUCGUUAUUUAGCGAUACAGAUGAAAGUAUUCAAACUUCAUUGUGUAAUGUUAAUACAGGAAUUAAUAUAGUAAAUGUAUCUACCAGAAAUUUAAUAUUACGUGAAACAAAUAGAGAAUUAAGUAACGAAACGUAUUCGAAUUCUGUUAAAUUAAGCGAGAAAUCAACUUCAAAUAUAAAUAAUAAAAUAGACUUUGAAAGUAAGAAUAUAAAUGAUGAUGACAAGUGUAACAAUACAAUGGAACCUUUUGUGGUUUUAAACCGGUUACAAGACCCUGUAAAAAUUACACAUAGAAGAAAACGAUAUUGUAAAUGGGAGCUAGAUUUAGUUGACAUUUUAGAAGAUGAUACUCAAUUUAAAGAAAAUCAGAUAUAUUCAAAAAGGAUGAAUGAAAGUAAACAAUUAAGGUUGUCUAAGAAAACAUUACAGCCUUCAGAAAAUAUAAUAGAAACAUUCAUUAAUGACACAUCAAUGAAAGUAGAGAAACCUAUAUAUUUGAAACCAGGAAAAUCAUGGGCAAGAUCUCUAUCAAUUUUGAAUAAUAUACAAAAUGAAUCCAAUUUAGAUAGAUUAUCUAUAGGCAAAGGUAAAAAAUGGAGGGAUAUUGUUAUAGAUGUUUUAAAUAUGCAAAAUCAAGGUAUUAUACAGAGUUGUGUUAGCAAAACUGUAAAUGAUAAAGAAUUACGUGCAAGUAAUGAAAUAAUUAGCAAAACUGAAGAUGAAUUGGCUACUAAUAAAGGCAGAACCUGCGAUUCUACUAACUUUGGACGUCUGUCAAGAAGAAUAUCAGUUCGUGUUGUUCCAAUUAAUAAAACUAUAAAGUUCAUAGAAGAUGCUCCAUUUCUUGAAGUUUAUGGUAUUGUUCCUGUAAAAAGUCAGAGGUUUACAUUAAUAAAUGGUUCACAAAACUCUUCCAAGUGCAAUCUUCAGAAUAAUGGUAUUAGUGAAAUUGCCGAGGACCAUGUAGUUUUAACAGCAAAAGAUGUCAUUUUGGAAAGAUGCUCGCAAAAAGAUUAUAUACCAUUUUCUACAUAUUUCUCAGAUUCAUAUUUGGAACAUUGUCGGAAAAUUGGGGAAGGCGUUUACGGCGAAGUUUUUCUUCAUGAAUACGAAGAUGAGAAAUCAGUUAUAAAAAUUAUUCCCAUAGAAGGCAAUGAACAUGUAAAUGGAGAGCCGCAAAAGAAAUUUCAUGAGAUAUUGUCAGAAAUCGUUGUUGCAAUGGAAUUACAUAAUCUAAGAUUUAACAAAAAAUAUAACACCGAUGGAUUUGUAGAAGUAAAAAAUAUUAAAUGUCUCAGAGGAGAAUACCCGAAAAAACUCGUGGAACUUUGGAAUAUUUAUGACGAAGAAAAACGUUCGGAAAAUGAUUGUCCAUCAAUGUUUAAUGACAAUCAAUUGUAUAUUAUUUUAGAACUCGGCCAUGGUGGUCAAGAUUUAGAGGCAUUCGUAUUUGAUACAGCAGAAGAAGCUUAUAUUCUGUUCAUACAGGCUGCAUUGGCAUUGGCAGUCGCAGAAAAAGCUGUUGAAUUUGAACACAGAGACUUGCAUUGGGGUAAUAUAUUAAUAUCUCCAACAACUGAAUCUCAUAUAAGUUACAAAUUAGGAAAAAAGAAGAUUAAAUUAAUCAGUAAGGGUGUAAAAGUAUCUAUUAUAGAUUUCACACUUUCAAGAGUAACAUACCAAGAAUGUAGUAUAUUCAAUGAUCUUGCAUCGGAUCCCAGUCUUUUUAUAGCUCAGGGUGAAUAUCAAUUUGAAAUAUAUCGUUUGAUGAAAGAUAAAAUCAAAAAUAAUUGGCAGACAUUUGAGCCCUACACAAAUAUUUUAUGGUUGCAUUACACUUUAGAUAAAAUGAUCACAGCGGUUCGAUACAGAAGAAGAAAUUUAAAAAGUCAUAAAAAUGGUAUAACGAAACUUAAAGAGUUGAAAAAUAAAAUUUUGAUGUACAGUAGUGCCUUUGAUUUUGUAACAAACUGUGAUCAAAUCGCCAGAUUGAUGUGCAUUGACUCCGAGUCUGAACACGUAUCUAUUUCAAAGAAAGAAGUUAUUGUAUAA